CUCGGGUUGGCUACAAAAUACAGUCACUACACUUUACAGUCCUGUGAAAUGUGCCCUCGAAGCAAAGGCUGUUGUAUGAAAUAACGAGGAUUAUUCUUAUUGCUGUAUCCUGUCUGUGUCGCACGUCGGAUUCAACGGACACUCUCUAUCUCAAGCGAUCUGUCGGCACUUCCCACCGCAGCCCUCUCAAGACCAACCCAAGCAUGCAUUUGGAGAUCAAAGUAGCUUUAAACUUCAUCAUCUCCUACCUGUACAACAAGCUUCCAAGGCGUCGGGCAGACCUAUUUGGCGAGGAGUUGGAGCGGCUGCUCAAGCAGAAGUACGAGGGACACUGGUACCCCGAAAAGCCACUGAAAGGCUCCGGCUAUAGGUGCCUGCAUAUCGGGGAGACAGUUGACCCCAUCGUGGAACAGGCCGCCCGGAGGAGCGGGCUGGAUAUCGAAGACAUUCGGGCCAAUGUCCCUCAGGAGCUAAGCCUGUGGAUCGACCCUUUCGAGGUGUCCUACCAGAUUGGGGAGAAAAGUGCUGUCAAGGUCUUGUACAUGGAUGAUCAUGAGAGCAGCGCUGAGCUGGACAAGGAGAUCAAGAGCAGCUUCAACCCUGAGGCUCAAGUCUUCACUCCCAUCACCGAGCAAGGCGCCUCCUUGUCCAACUCGCCCUCCCCCUCCUUUGGUAACUCUGUGAGCCCCACCUUCAUGCCCAGGUCCACCCAGCCCAUCACUUUCACCACCGCCGCAUUCGCUGCCACCAAGUUCGGCUCGACCAAGAUGAAGACGGGGGGGCGUAGGAUGACCCGCUCGCCCACCAACAACCUGAUGAAGCAGAAGGGGCUGUCUAACUCCAUGCACUCGCUGGUGCUGGGGGGGAACCAGAUCCCACCCUCCUCGCUCUCGCCCAAUGCCAAGGAGUUUGUGUACCCGGGCGGCUUGAGCCUGUACUUCGGCGGGGAAACCCCCUCCUUCUCAGGCCCAGCCCCCUUCCCCAGCGCCUUUGAAGUGCCCCCCCUCUACAGCAGCACCAACAGCCUGGCUGACAAGGGCCCCUUCGGCGAAGGGCUGGAUUUCAACCUGAACGCCAUGCAGUAUCCCAACCAGCCAUUUCAGCCCGUCGUGUUGGCCAACUAGACACUGACUGAGUGACAACGGACUGCUUUCUAUACACACACAUGCACACACGCACACGCACACACACACACACACACACACUACUCAAAGGAGGCCAGCAUUAGUGUAUUGUGGUGAAGAGCACUUUGGGAACACUAUUAACCCCCAUCUCCCCCAACACACACAUCACCAUCAACCCCCUUGCCCUUUAUCUUUACUCCCGCUCCCCUAUCUUUUCCUUCCCUUUAUCCCCCUCUCUUCCGCGCCCCC